GAGAGAUUAGGUACACAAGGAAUGGUAAAAGAAUGUGAAAAACUGAGAUUCAAAAACUUGAAUCUGUCUAUAGAACCAUCAAAUGAUAACGAAUGUAGUAACAUUGAAGAGUGGCAUUUAAGUGAAAACCCAAUAAAUACAGAAACGAAUAUGAAGAAGCUACAGGAUUGUAUGGAGAUCAAACAAAUAGUCAUUUUAAAAGGUUUGAUUGGAACUGGUAAAUCUGAGCUUGCACUUCGGUACUGCUUUAAUGCAAGGAAAGUAGAACAUACAGGUAUUGUGUACAAGUUAAGAUGCACGGAUGUGUCGAUGUUUGCAAUAUCUCUACAUGAACUAUGCAAUAAUUUACAAGAUAAUGAACAUUUUGAACUUCGAAAAGAAGAAUCAAAGGAAGACGCAGUAUCUAGGGUUAUUGAUGUAAUAGCAAAACAGUUAGGGACCAAAGCUCAUCAAAAUCACAUCUUGUUUUUAGAUGAUGUAAAACAAAAAGCCAAACAUAUAGUAAGCAACUUUAUUAAAACAUGUAAAAGAGUGAAAAAUAUUAAGAUAAUAGUUACUACAUCUCUAUCAUUAGAUACAAAUAAAGAUUCAAAAGUUAUAGAAAUCAGAGGGUUUUCCGAAAAUGAAUCAGUGGAAUUUCUCAAUAACGGAAACGAUUGUCAAGAAACUGACAUGAAACAUUAUGCCGAGCUUGCUAGAAAAUUUAGCUUCAAUCCGAUGGGCUUACAAAUUGCACGAACGUACAUGGAAGGAACUGAACUGACCGUGAAAGAUCUGGUAAAACAAUUAAAUCGUCCCGCCGAUCUACUUGAAUUUGAAGAAAGCAUGAUUGUGAAGGAUCAAAUUUCAGAUAAGACUCUUAUUCAUUCAUUAAUCAGCUUAGUCGAGAAUAUGCAUGAGAAAUAUAAAAGAGAGGAUAAAGAACAUAUCUUUGAAAUGUUACUUUCACUACAGUUUCUUGAAGUAGAAACUAUACCAGUUGAACUGUUUACAAAGUUUGAUUCCGAGGUUUCAUUCUUUUCCAUAAAUGAUCUGUUGUAUGAAAUAAAAAAUUGUUCAUUUGGCUCAAUAGAGGAAAGAAAUUCUUCAUUUAGCUCAUCCGAAAAAAUCACAGAGCAGCGAAACAUCAGCACUCAUGAUGUUGUUAGAUUAGCUUUACAGAUAUACAUGACCAUCGACAAGCAAGGCAUUAAUCAUUUAACAAAUGAAAAAAUCUUGAGAAAAUUAAUAAGAGCUUUUUAUCUGUUGAUGGAUAAAGAUAAUAAAAAUUGUUUAGAUCUCCGUCGUCACAAUUUACUUUUGCCACAUGCACGCUCCGUGAUAAGCCAUUUGAAAAAAAAUAAAACAUGUGAAAAAGAUGCAACGGAUUUGUUUUCGACGGUAGACACAAGCUCUUUUCAAUUAGAAAGUAAAAUACAUAUCAUAUAUAUAAAGGACCUCAUUGGAUAUACUUUCAGCUUUAGUGAAAUGUUUAAUGAGGCAAAUUUAUAUUUUGAUGAGGCUAAAAGCGAUAUGCUCGAACUUCUUGGCGUAAAUGAUAAAAAGUUUCAUGCUGAUUUGGUUGAUUUAAUGAAGCUGUCAUUUGAUGAAUUAACUGCUCCGUUUGAACAAAAAGCUACAGAACUAUUUAUAGCUGCAAAUACGUUUAUACAUAAAUACCUGGUAGUACUUCAGAAAGUUAGUAAGGACUAUGUGUUGAAUAAACAUAGAAAUGCAAACGACGUAGAAAUCCUUGAAAGCGUUCUAGAAAAUCACCAAUUAGAGAAAGCAACUCACCUCGUGCAAGACGAAUAAAAUGAACUAUUUACAAAAGGAUACGCAGUUCAGGAAGAGAUGCUAGGAAGUGAAUUUUUGUUCGGUUUACUUAUCUCCAUUCUUCACACCUUUGGGAGAAGAUUAUUUUAUCAACCAGACGACAUUGAUUGGUCGUUAGGUACGGCAUUCUUUCCUUAUUUGGCAAUUUCAAGCAAACUUUCAAAAAUGACUUACUUGAACGACAACCAAGAGCAUUCUGAAGAAUCCAUCGAUCAUUGCACAUGCAAUCAAUAUAGGGAACGUGUGAAAUUAAAUCGUCUUUAUUCCUGGUUGACAGAAAGAAGCGAAAUGCAGGCCGUUUUUAUCUUUUUUUGUAAGUGGAAAACAGUGGAAGCAAUUACCUUAAAAGGUGUCAUAGGUACUUGUAAAGAGAGAUUUAAUGAAGAAACCGACUACUUGGAAUUUGGUGUUUUGAAGGUUUUGGGCAUUAAAGAUUGUCAUGCGAAAACUUUAUAUGCCAAGAUGAUCAUUAAAUGUUAUAUAUCACUACUAAAAGUUGAAGAUACUGAGGAGAUGCGUUUAGAGGCUAGAAAAAGUAUUGAAAACAUGAUAAUACCUAAUCGAAGUAAACAUGGUCUUGUAUACUCUAUCGGAGAUCUUUAUUUUGCCAUCGGUGAUUUUCUUCAGGCCGAAAAAUGUUUUCAAGAUUUGCUUCCAAAUUUUGAAGAUGGAGUCAAAAACGUAAAAACACAUUUAAAAAUUUCUAAUCGCAGAGCUUGUGUUAGCUACAUAAAAUGUCGUUUGGAGAGAUCAGAACAGGAAGAACCAUGUUUCAAUGCAGAAACAUUACAGAAAUUAAAAUGUUUUAAAAAUGUAUUGCGACAUUAUAAAAAAGAGAUUAAAGAAUUGGAAGAAAUUGAACUAACACUUCAACACACGUUUGAAGAAGGACAUGGUGUAUAAUAAUAAAUUAACCCAAAUUAAUUGUUCUUAAUUGUACAUUUAAAUUAGAAUAAUUAAUAUAAACGUUAUCCGCUUGUACAUGUGAGUUUCAUGCACGCAUUUUUUGUA